AUGGUGGUCUCUCAUUGGGGUUUUUUCAUGGUUAUUUGUUACGGAUCGACCAGCCUCUUCCCUUCCAGCUCCCCACCAUGYGGCAGCCGCCGAGCCUCUGCACCGCAGCGAUGGGGAAAUGGUUUUCUCGACGAGGUCGCGAUCACAGAUAAAGCCCAAGAAGUGACUUUUGUGUCAGGGUGGAGGACGGUGUCAGAUGCGGAGGUGGCGGCUGAGCUGUGGCGGUGGCACGGGGCCCCUCAGGCUGUGGCGGUGGAACGGGUCCCCUCAGGCUGUGGCGGUGGCACGGGGCCCCUCAGGCUGUGGCGGGCCGGGCCCCGGCGCCGGGAGGAGGCACCGCCCCGCUGCCAUGGCAACGGCCGGGCCGCGCUGCCGCCGCGCGGAGGCACCAUGGCCUCGCUGGCCGCUGCCGAGCCCCCGGACCCAUGGGCGACCUCCAGCUCCCCGGGCCCCGGCUCCUCUAGCAGCGGCAGCCAGCGGCGCAGGAGCGGCCCGGACGGCGCCCAGGUGAGCGCUCCCGCGGGCAGGGGCACCACCAACCCCGCCGCUGCGGCUGCCGCCGGCCCGGGCCCCCUGCUCUACCCUGCCCUGCCUUACCCUGCCCUGCCCUGCUCUACCCUGCCCUACUCUCCCCUGCCUGGCCCUGCCAUGCCCUGCUCGCUCUGGAGGCGCGCCUUUAAAGCAAAAUCUCAAAGUUUAAAAUGGAAAGGUUAAAAGUGCGACUUUUUUCAGGAUGCACAACUGAGAUCAGUGGAUUUGGAUCUCGUCAUCAAACUACUCAAAGGUUCUGGCUCAAAAGAUUUGGAAAAAGAGCAGCUGAAAACUCUCAAGAAAGUAGCCAAGCAUUUUGAUAAUGGGCUUCCCCUUAAGGAUGUAGCACAAAUUAACGAAAUUCUUAACCUGUGUGCAGAAAAAGUGAAUGAACAAGAAGCUUUCACCGAGCCUUUAUGUGAACUUAUUAAAUUAUUUGGGUUACCGUUUCACAAAAAGAAAUCAUUUGAUGAGGCAAACUAUGCCGUUGAAGUUUCACAAUCCAUUGCACAACUGGGUCACUUGAUGAGAGUGCCAAGCUCUCAAGUUAAAAUACAAAUCUGUAGGUGCAUUAUUAGCUUUUAUAAUAUGGAACUACCAGGAAAACUACUUUUAGGUUACCAGCCAGCAAGUGCAGACUAUAAAAUCCAGAUGGCUGAAGUAGGAGGAUUAGCAGAAACUCUUUUYAUGUCACUAACUUUAGUUGAGAAUCAACUUAUUGAGAAGCUGUGGGUACUUAARGCUCUGCAGCAUCUUUCCACCUCUGAAACRAAUUGCAGACUAAUGAUGAAGGCCCAAGCAGCCAGCAAACUCUGUUUGUAUCUAAAUGGUGCUGAUCCCUCAGGACAGCUGCUGUUCCGUUCCUCAGAUAUCCUAUGGAACCUGCUAGAAAACACCUCAAAAGAAGAAGUUGUUAAUCAGCUCAGUAGCUUGGAAUGUGUACAAACUUUGAAAGAAGUGUUUGUACACCUUCUUAUGCAUGGCUUCCGGCACUGUGAUCAGCAUCUACGGAAUGACCUCUUGGUGAUUGCCACAUUACUGGUUGAAAACCCUGCAGCACCUAUGAUUGAAAGUGGAUUUGCAAAGCUCUUAAUAGUACUUUCAACAUUUGCUGAAGUUAAACUACGCAAUCCCUUGAUAAAAGGUUUUAAAUUUACCUACUCUUAUGAGGACUUUGAGAUGAAGAAGUUAUUAUUUAAUGUAAUAGGAGUCUUAUCAAAAAACCCAUCUGCUGCACAGCUCCUCAGUGAAAAUCAUGUGAUGCCAGCUUUGCUUUAUUAUGUAAAACCAAUUCAAAAKCCUGGAUUUCCUGACUGGUCACCUGUCCUCUAUGAAGAAUUACAGCUUCAUGCAAUUUCAGUUUUAGCUUCAGUGGCUCCUGUGUUAAUAGACAAAUACUUGUCCUGCCAAGCGAAUACUCUGCUCCUCAUGUUUCUAGAAUGGUGCAUAGGUCAAGAUCCUUUCUUUGGUCAAGGUAACAGUUUCCAUGGAGCAGGUGGUCGUGGCAACAAAGUUGCACAACUGCACUACAGCCUCCGAGUGCUGAGAUCUGCUGUGUCUCUUUAUGAUGAUGCUGUGAGCCUUAAUUUGUGUGACCAGGGAGCAAUUAGCCAGCUACUGGAUGUCUUAAAGUAUGCAAUAAGAAAAUCUAAAGAGAAAGAAGAUGCCACUCUAGUGGAAAUCCAAGCUGAUUCAUUAUUUAUUUUGUCUGUUCUCUGUGACAGUGAUCUUCACAGAAAGGAACUCUUCAGCCGUGAAGGAAUUCCCAUACUUAUCCCAUUCUUCAGGAUGGAUCCAAAGAAGUUGUACAGUGGAUUAGGCCACCAUUGUCUCCUCUUCAGUGCACUCGACUGYCUGUGGUCCUGUGUCGUUGGAUGUUACAUYGCAGAGAACUCCUUUAUUGAAAAACAGGGCAUUUUUCUCCUUCUGGAUUUGUUGGCGUUAAAGGAAAAGAAGCUGUGCAAUAUAAUUCUUGGAAUAUUGGUUGAACUUUGUGACAACCCUAAAACAAAUUUGCACUUCAAUACCUGGCGAGGAAAGAGAGAUCAAACAGCAGCUAACCUUCUAAUUCAGCUAUGGAGAGAGGAGGAGAURGAUUUGGGAGUCAGGCGUGAUCAAUAUGGAAGGAUUGUUGAUCCUAAGAGACCUAUUGCWACCAGCUUCCAGAAACAGCAAAAGGUCAUUCCUGUGCCUUCCAACUGUCCCAGCUUUGCCAUCAUGGAAAUUUCAGAGAGCAUACGGGCAAAAGUUUAUUCAUUAUUUUGUAAGCUAGAUAUUUGAUUGAUUAUAUUUAGUGAUGUGAUUAAUAUUCUUUUAGAUUUUGAAAAAUUACCUGCCUUACCUGCUAAGGAUUCUGUUACAUUUGCUAUUAUACAACGUUAUAUGGACUUUAAAGUUGGAGAGGUUUGGCGUGAAAUAUGUGCAGAAAUAAAAGAAGAAUUCAGGCCUCUUACAUCAGAUGAAAAAGCUUUGAAAGUUAUUUCAAAGCUGACAGAAGAUACUGCAAGAAGAGUUGUUGCUCUGCAGACUAAAAUGCUUGACCGUGCACACCACCAUGAAGUCAAAGAAGAGCAAGAAAUAUAUAAAGAAUUCCAAGCUGCCUAUACACAGAGAGAAUUGACAAAAAAAUCUUGGGAAAAUUUCUUGACUCGGACAUCAGACUUUGAGGCAUUGAAGAAGGCAAAAAUGCUUCAGAAAGCAUCAAUAGAGGGUUCCAGACUUCGAAGAGACGUUUCUAAUGGACAACUCCAUUCUACUGAUAUUGAAAAACUCCAUACAACAGUCGGACCUGGUCGUGUAGUAACUGUGGAAAGUACACCUCGUGAGUACAAUAGACGGCURCUGGCUGUUACAAACCUUGCUCUUACAAAGUCCUCAGUUUCUAAAGAAGCCUUGAAAAAAAAACAAAAGAAAUAAAACACUGGACUCAAGAAAGUCAAGAAAAAAUUGGUACUUGUAGAAUAGAUACUGUUGCAAAUAUUGCUAUAUUAAUAUAUAGUUACCUAUAUGUAGAUUAAAGAUAAAAUCUAUUUGCAAUGCUUUGAUAAAUUGCUUAGACCAUCUUAAAAUUAUAUUUUCCCAUAAUUAAUAUAAUAUGGGCAUGUUUUUUUAAUGAAGCCCUCUGUACAAUAUGGUACAAAGGUAUAUUAAUCUAAUAACUUUGUGUGUUAAAAUCCACCAUCAGUAGGUCCACUAUUUUCAUUUUCAUCUCUUGCUGACACAUUCCAUACAUUGCAGUUUAAGUGUCUUGUUAAGCCAGGUCCUAAAUCUUCACAUAAACACAUUCAAUUCUUCAUUUGUCUGGAUACCAUACCCACAUGGGUUUUUUCCAGGUCCAUUUUGUUUCUUGAACUGGCACUUUUAAUAUCAGAACUUCUGACAUCUCAGAAACACACACUAAGAAGUUUGUUUGUGCCAACAGUUUCUCCAAGCCUGUUGGAGAGACAUGCUGGAAUGUCCUACAUCAUUUGGGUUCCGCACAGUUCUUUAACUGGUCUUGCUAAUYUUAAUUGUUGGGCUAUUAUUCAUGUUGUCUCCAAAAGGAACUCAUCUUGUUCCACCCUAGCAGCUCUAGAAYACCAACACAAACUGGUGAGGAGCAGACCUUUUUGUGGAUGACUCAAUUUCUGAGCUAUUUUCUYUCUUAAUUUGGGCAAUGCCAGAAUUUGCUAUGUUACAAUAGAGCAAGAUUGCCUGAGGCUCCUCAUUGUAAAACCAGUUGCUAUCCAAUGCUUGGGCAUAAAUUUCUGUGACAUUACAAGCUUUUAUGCUGUGUCAUACAAACUGGCACUUAGUCUGUCAUUUUUGCCUGUAAGUAKCAUCUUGAGAAAAACACAAAGUUUGCUUUUUUUACUGCCAGACUGAAAAAAAAAGAAAAUAAAUUUGAGCUAAACAUAUUCCAACUCSCUUUUUUUGCUUCAUGAGAGAGGGAUGGGAUAGAUGUGUGUAUAAAUAUGUCAUAAAAAUAUGUUUGUCCCUGUAACAAGGCAUGGCAGACUAAACAUUAAAAACAAAGGCAAAUAUUUUUGUUUCAAAAUUGAGUACUUAAAUUCUAUAAAAAUAAUAAAYUUAAGGAAAUAAUGAAAUAAAAUAAAACAUACAUGUGAAAAAUGGUAUUUUAAGUUUAGAAAAAUCUCUACGUGUGUGUUUUCCAAAGAUCAGGAUUUUCUUAUGGGCAGGCCUGUUAAACCCUUGUUGAGUGAGAAAGUCAUCACACUGUAA